ACGUUUACGGUACCGGAUAUCCUUUCGAGACUAAAGCGAAGCACUACUCUGGAGGUUUCCUGUUCAGUUUUGCGAAGGCAAGAUGAGUGACUUUCAGGAAUACCCAGAUGUACUGCAAGAAGUCCGCGGUGCCUUGAACCCUGGAAGACUAAAACUGCAAAGGAACAGUGUCAUCUUUAAAAACAACAAGACUGGUAAAGUGGAUCAGUUUCAGAGUUCAGAUGUCGACAAAGCCCAGUGGCUGAAACGUGCAAGAGGCAACUGCCUUAAACUUGUCCUUAAUAAUGGCGGUGUUCACCGAUAUGAUGGAUUCAAGGAGACUGAUUAUGACAGGCUGAAUAAGUUUCUGUCAGACUUUUAUGAACUAGAACUGGAGAAGGUGGACAUGUCUUUAAAGGGAUGGAACUGGGGUCUUGUCAAGUUUGAAGGGAACGCUUUAAACUUUGAAGUAGACCAGCAUGUGGCAUUUGAGGUGCCUCUAACCAAUGUGUCACAUUCCACGACCAGCAAGAAUGAGGUAACUCUAGAAUUUCACCAGAAUGAUGAUGCAGCUGUCCACCUGACUGAGUUACGCUUCCAUGUUCCCUCAGAUCCGAGCAACCCUGACAACGAUCCUGUACAAGAAUUCUACAGGAAGGUUAUGAACAAUGCAGAUAUUAUUCAAGCUGUUGGUGAUGCUAUUUGCACUUUGAGUGAAGUUCAGUGUCUUACACCCAGAGGAAGAUACGACAUCAAACUCUAUCCCACAUUUCUACAACUUCAUGGAAAAACCUUUGACUACAAGAUUCCUUACACCACCAUUCUGCGUCUCUUUCUCCUGCCGCACAAAGAUGGCCGUCAGACAUUUUUUGUGGUCAGUUUAGACCCUCCUAUCAAACAAGGGCAGACGCGCUAUCAUUUUCUCAUUCUGCUUUUUAACAAAGAAGAUGAGAUGACCAUUGAAAUGGGGCUGUCUGAGGAGGACUUAGCUAAAAAAUAUGACGAUAAGCUGCAGAAGGAGAUGAGUGGUCCUGAGUAUGAGCUUGUCAGUCGUGUCUUCAAAGUCAUCACGGGUCGAAAGAUUACUGUGCCAGGAUCGUUUACAGGGCAUUCUGGUACUCAGGCAAUCGGCUGUUCAUAUAAAGCAGCAACAGGUUUGCUAUAUCCACUGGAGAGAGGCUUCAUUUUUGUUCACAAGCCUCCUAUACACAUUCGGUUUGAUGAAGUGUCAUCGGUCAACUUUGGUCGCAGUGCUGGAAAUACCAGAUCCUUUGACUUUGAUGUGGAAACAAAGUCUGGCAAUGUUUACAACUUCGUAGGCAUAGAAAAGGAUGAGUAUGGCAAACUGUAUGACUUUGUUUCAAACAAAAAGCUCCGAGUGAAAAAUAUUGGAGGAAGCAUUGACAAACAGGCUGUAGCUUAUGAAGAAAUGUCAGGCAGUGAUGAAGAGGCUGGUGAUCAUGAUGCUUACCUGGAACACAUGAAGGCUGAAGGCAAACAGAGAGAUGAAGAAGAUGAUGAUGAUGACAGCUCAGAUGAGUCCUUCAAUCCUGGUGACAGUGGCAGUGAGGUUGCCGAAGAGUAUGACAGUAAUCCUCCAACAACAUCAUCGGAUGACUCUGACUCUGACUAUUCUGGGGAGUCAGGGUCUGGAGAGGUAGACUCAGAGGCAGAAGAUAGGAGAGCUGAAAGAGAAGAACGUGAACGCAAAAAGAAGGAGAAGAAAGAAAAGGAAAAGAAAAACAAGUCGGCAAAGACUGUGCCUGAAGGACCCCAGAAACGCAGGACCAAAAAGGGAGGUAAAGAUCCCAAUAUGCCCAAGAGGCCACAGUCAGCAUACUUCAUAUGGCUGAAUGAGAAUCGUGACAGAAUCAAGAAGGAAAAUCCAGGCAUAUCAAUUACAGAGGUUUCAAAGAUAGCUGGAGAGCUUUGGAAAGAACUAAGUGACAAAUCGGAAUGGGAGCAGAAAGCUAAGAAAGCAAAGGCAGAAUAUGAGGAGGCCAUGGCUGAGUACAGACAGAAUGCUGGCGGCGAUCCCAGCACUGCCAAGUCCAAAAGUCCCAAGAAAGCUCCAGCUCGAAAAUCAGAUGGUGGCAGCGGCGUAGGUGAUUUCAAAUCAAAGGAGUUCAUUUCCUCAGAAGAAUCCAGUUCCGAUUCAGACAAGCCUUUGAAAAAGAAGACCAAGAAGGAGGCAGAAGAAGAGAAGGCAGCCUCAUCAGCAUUAUCCAGUGAGGAGGAAGAGGAAGAAGCCUCAGAAGGAGGUUCUGAUGCAGAUUAGGGAGGUGUAGGGCUUACUAUCAGGGAACACUACUUACAGUUCAACAACUGUUUAGAGAGAUCUCCAAACACUGCAAACAUUUCAAUGACUGUGUAGAGAGAUCUUCCCAAGACUAAGCUUAUUGUACAGUGACUGUGUGGAAUGAUUUGGGACAACUUACAUGCGGUUGUUGCAAUUUUUGUGCAACUUACAUGUUGUACAGUGGAGAAGAAGCAGGUAAGAUGUGGCAGUCUUCAAAAAUUAAAAGACGUUGCUGGUU